AUGAUGGCCGACGCAAAGAUAGUUCACGCGACGCCAACAGAGCUCAAAAACACCCAGACCGAGCAGGUUGAUGCUGGCAGACGGUCAGAGACUAAGAUCAGCGUCCGAGAUGCCUUGCGAUACUAUCGGCCGGCGGUGAUGUGGUCCGUCCUGAUCUCGCUUACCACCGUCAUGGAGUCUUACGAUAUGCAAAUCGUACACUCGUUCUAUGCAUUUCCCCAGUUCCAAGAGAAAUACGGCGUUCCUCUAGAAGGUGGUGGCUACAGCAUCCCGGCCAAAUGGCAGCUUGGUCUCAACCUGGUGGCCCUUAUAGGGUUGAUGCUGGGUACCUUCGCCAACGGCUGGGCGUCUGAAGCAUUUGGCGCGAGAAAAGUCAUCAUGGUCUCGCUGGUUUGUUUGACUGGGUUUAUAACAAUUACAUUCCUGGCUCCGUCGAUUGAAGUGCUUCUCGUGGGUGAGCUACUAUGCUCGAUUCCAUGGGGCUUCUUCGCUGCUGCCACCCCGUCGUAUGCCUCGGAAAUAUGCCCUAUGGUACUGCGUGGGUACUUGACAACAUUCGUGAACCUGUGUUGGGUUAUGGGGAGACUCCUAUCCACCGGCGUCCUGACCGGCACUCUAGACAUUCCCUCGCAGUGGUCGUACCGACUUCCCUUUGCCUUACAGUGGGCAUUCCCACUUCCCUUGUUUAUUGCAACCUGGUUUGCCCCGGAGUCUCCCUGGUGGCUUGUCCGCAAGGGACGCGUGGAGGAGGCUGAAGCGUCGCUGCAACGAACCAUCUCUGCACCAGAUGGAGUCAUUGACACGAAGCCCAUCAUCGCCAUGAUCCAAAACACAAUCCAAACAGAACACGACAUGCAGAUUGGAAGCUCCUACCGCGAGUGCUUCCAGGGGACCAACCGCCGACGGUCCGAGAUCUCAAUCAUCAGCUGGGGAUGUCAGUUACUUCCAGGCUGGGCCAUCCAGAACUAUAUUACCUACUUUUUCACUCUUGCUGGCUUGUCGUCCGGUGACUCGUUUAAAAUUACCCUUGGAACCAUUUCUCUCGCGUUCAUCGGCACUUGUCUGUCGUGGGUAUUCCAAACGCACAUCGGCCGCCGCACCAUCUACAUUACGGGACUUAUAUCCAUGCUGCCGCUGAUGUUGGUGGUCGCCUUCCUGGGCGUAGCACCUGCAUCGUCUGGCAUUCAAUGGGCCCAGUGUGCGCUACUCAUGAUCUGGUUCUUCUGCUAUGGAUGCACAAUCGGCCCUAUUCCAUAUGCAAUCGCAGCGGAAAUCGGAGCCAGCAAUCUCAGGAUGAAGACAAUCGCCCUCGGUCGGGGCACAUACUACAUCCUGUCAGUCCUCAACUCGGUGGUGGCUCCGUACAUGCUCAACCCCACAGAGGGAAAUCUGAAAGGAAAGGCCGCGUUUCCUGCUGCAGUGUUCACCGUUCUUCUCCUGAUCUGGGCGUUCUUCAGGCUUCCCGAGACCAAGGGGAUGACGACGGAGACGCUGGACCAUCUGUUCCACCAGGAGGUCGCAGCGAGGAAAUUCAAGGACGAGGCGAAGCGAUUCCAGUAG